AUGUAUUUAUAUAAUGGGGUGAUUAAUAACAAGAUCUACCAACCACAUGAAGCCCAUGUGCCAUAUGUGCUUCAGUUCCUGAUGGAUCAUAAUUUGCAUGGGAUGAACAUGGUCCAUUUGGGUACCUGUAAAUUUAGGAGGAAAAAAGAAAUGGGAGAUAUCAAGGAAUCUGCAAGAAACACACCUGAAGUAUUUCCUGGGCCAUCUUCUGCCGACACUGUUUCUCACGAGUCCUUGAGUAGUAGCAGCAGCCAGAUAAAACCAAGUACUAAAGUAUGGACAGAAGAGAGCAUACCACAACACCUUUGGCUACCAGAAACUGUGUCCCGAUCAACUACGUGUGAAGUUGAGGUGGACGCUCUGUUCUCUGAUAUCAUUAAUAAAAUUCAGCUUGGUGCGGGAAACGUGACCAAUCCAGGGUUGUCGUAUAUUUGGGAAGACGAGCUGCAGAGGUCUAAGACGAGGGGCCAAGCAGUAGAAGACCUAAAGCCGCCCGAUUCUCCCCCGAGAAGCAACAUCACUCCAUCGGAUUCGGAGAUUUUCUACCGAUCGGUGCUGAAGGAGAAGACGGCGGCUCUGCUUAAGAGAAUGAAAGACGGUGAAGGCGAAGAAGCUGGAGUGAGUCUUGCGGCUGUCACCCCCGACGACUCUGUCCUAGCCCCAGCCACAGCGCCCGACACCUCAGUCAUCGCAGAUGUAUCCACGCUCAAUCAGGAACCGGAUUUAGAUGGUGAUAGAAGUGAUCAGGUAGAAGUCGAGGCAUCGCAGGUUGAUGAAGAGCUUAUUCAGAACCUGACGCAGCAAACACCAUCGCAGUGGAUGGACGUGAGUGACGUCGACCUGUUGAACGUGAUGGCAGGGUUGGCCGACGGCUCCCAAGUCGUCUCUCCGGAGGACAAUGAUGCCAUUCUCUCCACCCAGAGGCCGUCAGGGUCCUGUGGAACUAAUGAAGCUACCCGUCAAAACCAGCCGAGCGAAGGCAGAGAAAAGGAAGAGGAAAGUGAUGAGGAAGAGACAAGACACAUGACUCAGCGCAUAUGGGAUUCCAUUUUGCCAGCAAAGGAGGAAGAAGAGGAGGAAGAGAAAGAAAAAGAGGAGGAGGAGGGAGAGAAUAAUGAUAGACAAAAGUCUUCCAGCCAUGAGGAUUCUUUAAGGGACCAGUCUCAUCUAAGGGAAGACAAGGACAUAGAGGACUUAGUGGAAGGUCCUGGCUGUAGUUUACCGCAGUUGGAUGGAGCAAUCGACUGUGUUCGCCUGCUGAAGUCUGAGGCGAGAACUAAGGAAUGUGCAUUGCGAGAAACCUUUGUGCCUUCAGGUAGUGCCCAAACUGUAGAAAGAAAUACUGUGAUAAUGAAUAUAGCUCAAAACUGUGAUUCAAAAGUUUUAAGUAAACACUGUGACAAUUUUUUGUCAGGAAAUAAGCAAAAAUGUGAUAGGGAAAAGAGUGAAAGCAAAGAGGCUAUAUCACUGAAGAGAAAGAAUUUACCAAGAACUAGGGAAGUUGAUAGUAAGAAAAGAAUUGAAAGGAAAUCAAGUUCGGAAACCAGUGAUGAGGAAGUCUUUAUUAUCCCUCAGUUUGAUGGUGCAAAUGACAUAGUGUUUCACAGUCGAAAGCAAAAAACUUCUAGUAACUCUAGUGCUCAGCAUGCAGGGCAAGGGAGCUUGAGUCAAAGACCUUCCUUACCUCAGAUGCAGUAUACGUCUAACUCAAAAUCAAUCAAUGCACGCGAGGCAAUCCGAGAAAACAUAUUGAAAAAGAAACGAGGUGUUGUAGGUGAGGUAUCUCAGGUUGUGCACCCCACUCAGCAUCGCAGGCAAGAUCCCCAGGUACCACAGCAAAGACAGCGCUGUAACUCGCAACCUGUGCCUUACCCUUCAGCUCCCCAGGCUCCAGUGCCUUCAUCACAUAAUAACAGAGUACCUGCUAGUAUGUCAAGUUCAGUUCCUUCAGACAUAAACAUGGACAGGAUGCCAGGAAGGAGAAUGGAAACAUCAUCAAACAUGGCAUCUGGACAGUUUAUGCACUCUAGUACAGCAGCCAGAGAAGAAAACUACAUGAAAUCAAAUGUUAGAAAUCAGUUUUCUGUGAAAACUGAUAGCAUGAGUCAUACUGACAGAAGAGAAGGAAACUUUGCUUCAGGAGUGAGUCAGGGCUUCCAGAGAGUAUCUCAGUCACAGGAGAGAAGCAAAUCAUCCAAGAAAAAUAGGAAGGGACAGAGGUCUGAUUUCAGAGAUCCUACUGUGCCUUCCCAUGUUAGUUCCAAGAACUCAGACUCCAUGGGUAUGGCUGGUCCUCUUAACAUAACACCUAUUGCGAGUGGGAUGCCACAGGAAUUCCCAGGCAUUGGGAAAGCUCUUGUUGUACCAGCACUGGUAACAAAUAAAAGAGUAAAUGUUACAAAUUCACAGGUAAUGCUGUCACCUAAUCUAGUUAUGCAGAAUUCUGGAAAUGUCAUCUUCAACCAGUCUUCUUAUGAAAGUGGGAGCAAUCAACAAUCACCCAAUGUAAUGAUGGUCCAGCCUACUAUUGAACAGGAGAACAGUGGGGGAAGAAGGCAUGCUCAAAUUAAUAAUCCCUUGAGGCACACAACAGAAAGCUCAGACAGAUCCUCCUCAAAAAGUGUGUCUUCAAGCAGUGGUUCGUUCAGAGCAUCUCGUAGUAGCAAGUAUGCAGAGGGUGGGCAUCAAGGUUUUUCUGGCAGUAAUCUUGCAGGUGCUCCUGGACCCUUAAAAAGCAUAAUGCGACAGCAUUCGGACCAAACUGUUUAUUCUCCAAUAUCUGAUGAAUCAGACAUUGAAAUUUCUAGUACAAAAAAUGCAGUGGCACCAAAAAGUUCUGAAACUGCAGCUGAAAAGAGUAGUAAACAAUCUGACAUCCUCCAACAAGCUCUCCAAGUUCUGGACAUGUCUCUGGACAUUGACAUUGAACCAAUGGAUAGUGAAAAUUGUAGUGUCCAGAAGGAAUCUCCAAGCACGACGGCAUCGCAGUCCAGACCUUCACCUGUUGGAAGACACAGUCGUGCAUCAAAUCAAAACCAGCAGUCUAUGUCCCACAGUAUGUCAGAUCUUGCAAAAGCUGGUGGUGCUGAAGGGUCCAGUAGCAGAUUUGAGAACAGCAAGUGGUCCAGUCAGGAAAGUGAUGGUAAAAGUAGUACAGGGUCAUGGGAGAGGAGAUCUCAUCACUCCAAGACAAAUCAGUCAAAGUCAACCACCCAUGGAGAACAUCCGUCGUAUGCGAGAGACAUGGAAGGAAGGCAUUUGAGUCAGAAGGUCAGAGGAAAGCCUUCUAAAUCAGAUGUACAGAGUAUGAAGAGUAACUCUGUCCUCAGCCGUGACAAUGAUGAAGUGACCUUAGAACACGCUAAUUCAACUCUUAUUGCUUGCAAGCAGUUCCCAUGCUGUUAUAUUGAUGUCCUUGUGUAUAAUUAUGUCUUGUUUAUACUCAAAACAAAUGUCUCAAAACGAAGUUUGUUCAUGGAAAUUUCUGAGACCGCUCGCCCUCGCGGGCAUGGCAAGAUGUCCCGCUCCUCCCUGGGCGCCUCUACCUUGCCAGUCCAGCUACUAUACCCCCGUGCCAAUAAAGUUUAG